ACUCGCGUGGCCUGUUGUUGUGUUCCACUCUAUUGGACAAACAUUUGCAAAUGAAGCAAACUCCUUUUUUCUUUCCUGCUGCAUGUGAGUGUUUGUUUAGUUCUCCAGCUGAUCAAAGAGAGGAAGGGAAAGGGGGAGAAAAAAAGAAGACAAAACUGUGAUGAGUUUUAAAAAAACAAAAUCCCCUGUAAUCACGGUAACUCAACCAGGAUAUGAAAUGGGAAAUGUGGCACGCAUGCGGUUUUUUGCGGGAAAAACCCCAGGAGGCGAGGUUUGUCAAAACGCCCGCACACGGUCCCCGUGGACGCCGCCCGCCGGGCCGGGGCGUCGCGGCGGACAAUGAGCCGUGUUUCCCCGACACAGAGACUCUGUGUCCGCCGCCGCGGCCUCCACAUCCCGCGCGCUCCCGACGGAGGCGAGUGGCUUCGGGUUCGGCGCAGCACGUCCCCGCGAUCAAUCACCGCAGCGCUGCGUCCCCGAGGGUGGUGGAGAUGCGGGGCACCAUCGUGGGCCGACAGCCGUGGGCCCCGGGCACCGGGCCCCGGGCCGCGGGUCAGCAUCCGCCGGUAGCGAAUGAAAAGGAAAAGGAAAAAGAAAGAAGUGGAGAGAAAAGUCGUCAUCCGUCCCAUCUGGUUGACAUUAAGGCCGAGUCGGUCCUGAUGGCUCCUGCUGCUGGAGUGUCUGAGGCUUUGACGGCGGCCCUGUGUCGUGCGGCGCUCGGUGUCCGAGCCGUGCCAGGCGGCGUGUGUGGUCAACAGGCGACUGGGAAGCUGCAGGGGGGAGCGAGAGGGUCUACGGGUCGAGGCAAGAAGCCCCCUUUUCACUCCAAGGCCAGGACGCCAGGGGGUGAAGAUUGGAGGCUGCUGAUUGUGAUGGAAGUGGAGCGACGGCGGAACUGGGGCGGCGGUGCAGGGAGGAGGACGAGGACGAGGAGGGUGGUGAUGAAAGAGAGUAGGCUUUUCCAAAACACGCCGGUCACAGUUCAAAGGAGGCCACCGCUCGCUGGAAGACGCCCGAUACCCGCUGCGCCCGUAAAGAACGGAGAGUUAAGUUACCUGUCCAAAGUGUUGAGGAACUACACCGAGCAGGCCUGCGAAGGGGACUUCCUGUCCGUCCGCUGCCCGCCACGCACCACCGUCACCGUCCAAUCGGCUUUCUACGGGAGGAGAGGCGCCUCUGACCCCCAGCAGUGCCCCCAGGCCUACCAGCCCCUGCUGAGUUCUUACUACGCCCGGGAGGAUGAUCGAUACUGUUCCGUGUCCACUGCACUACAGAAAAUGCUGGACGAGUGCCAAGACAGAAGGAGCUGUCAAGUCCUUGUCAACAGCCGCGUGUUUGGGACAGACCAGUGUCCUGGCAGCAGUAAAUACCUCAUUGUCUGGUACAAAUGCAGACCUAACGAGUAUAAGAGUAAGGUGGUGUGCGAGGACGAGAGGAUGAGGCUGAGCUGCAAGCGGGGAAUGCAGAUCGCCGUUUACUCGGCCAUGUUUGGCCGAACUCAACAGGGAACCCUGGAGUGUCCCCUUCAUCACCGGAGGGCCCCGUCAGUAGACUGCCAGUCGUCCGUGGCUCUGCACGUUCUCACCGCUCGCUGUCAGGGUAAGAAGAGCUGCCUCGUGCGGGCCUCCACCAGAGACUUCGGAGAUCCGUGUUACUCUGGCACCAGGAAGUACCUCAGUGUCAUUUACACCUGUGUCCCAAAGAAGUUGCUCCAGGAGCAAGGCCCCAGACCACCGGUGUUCUCCCCACCCCCAAGUGCCCAUGACCCCAACAUAGUGGGAGACGGCCCUCCGGAGGGGAGCUCAGUCAAAAGCCCUGACGUUGUUCCAGAUAAAAAGAAGACGAGGGAGACGAACCCCAACGAGGAGAAGUCUUCAGACUCUGAAAGAGGAGGAGGAGAAAGUCUACUGCGGCCCAGAGGCAUGAAUCCCGUCAUCAACUCCACCUCUGACGGCAACAUGGCCCUUAUCAGCAACGCACUGGCAGCCUAUACCUUCAUAUCAGACCACCCAGAGAGGGCCGCGCUCUUCUUCGUCUGCGGCGUGUGUCUGGGCCUCUUCCUCACACUCUUUGCCCUGGUGGUCCAGAUCUCCUGCCGCACCGACUGCCAGCCCCGCACGCAGCCGCCCGCCAAGAAAAAAGCCCGCCCCGCCGACUCGUCCUCCGACUCCAGCGACUCGGACUCGGACUGGGACACCACCUCGGACCUGUCGGCGCGGCGGCACCGGCGCUUCGAGCGCACGCUCAACAUGAACGUGUUCACGUCGGCGGAGGAGCUCGAACGGGCGCAGAGGCUCGAGGAGCGGGAGCGGAUCAUCCGAGAGAUCUGGAUGAACGGGCAACCGGACAUCCCCGGCACGCGGAGCCUCAAUCGGUAUUACUGAGAACUUGCCGAGAGGCUUUUUGCGUGUAAAGGCGUGAACAUGUUUUCGGACGCACUUGGGGUUGGAACGGGCAACAGGCAAGAAGCACACAGCGGCAGCGGUGGACUCUGCUGACGAGAACAGUGGAGGGGAUCGCAUACUUGGAGAGAAAGCCUUCUCUCUCUCUAGUGGUUGGCAUAUUCCUCUGGGUACCAUAAGCUAUACCGCAUUUAGUUAGAGAAUAAGCUCUCUGCAUGGUAGGCUCCACCUCUUAGCUGCUCCUUUCUGCUGAAGGAGAAGGGGUGAAAGGCCACGCUGCCUUGCCCGUGACCUCAAGCUGCCUUUUUGAAGUGGGCGGGUUUAUGGGUUGGCUGCCUUGGACACACGCUGGUCUACGGAGACCAAGUGGUGACUGAAGGACCGAGCCAUGAGUGUGUUUCGUACAGAACGCUCGGGCAGCCACCGGAGACUAUAUAACACUUGGAGCUUUAUGCUCGGUACCCUCCAGUAUUUAAGUGUGGACUUUUUGACGGAGGGAGCGCCCGAGAGCGGCGUACUGGACACGAUGUAAAGACAAUCUUUCCACAGUUGGAUAAACCAUGCUGCCUUUUCGAACUUUAUGAAACCAAAAGAUGUUUUUUGGGUAGAAUUCAUCUCAACCCCUUAUGAAAUAUAUUUUAUAAUAUUUAAUAGUUUAUUGACGUCGUGUGUCUUUUUUGUUCUCAAGUAUGGUUUUAUCGUGAGCUAUUUUUUUAUACUUGGCGAGGGGGAUGUCUGGCACCUCAGGGAUGCAAUCCUAGUGUUUCUGUGUUUCUUUGGUUGACGUAUUUGCUUCCCCUAAGACGGGGGUCGGCCCAACAGCUACGUCAGCAUCUAGAAAACAAAAAAUUAAAUAUCAUAAUAAAGAGCCUCAAAGAGGAUCCAGUGAUUGAACCUUAUUUUUGAUACAAUAUGUUUAAUUCACAGUUCAGUGCCUUUCCCGAGCUAUUAAGUCGCUGUUUUCAAGAGUGCCACCGGUGUUAUCACUCGGUAACUGGUCAAAGGAUUUAUAAAUUGGAAAUAGCUAAAUUUAUAUCAUCACGUGUGUAUUUCCUUCUACCGUUACUGUUGCUUUGCCGAAGUGGAGCAUGUGUAAAACCCCGAAUGUCUCCCUCAAAACAUUGCACUUGCUGUCUCAUCAGAUGUAAAUGUAGUAAUAAGAUUAUGCCAAUUUUGUACAAGUGAAUUUGUUGGAAAUUAUUUUUCUCUGGUCCUCUCGUCAGAGAAAUUGGGAAUUUCUAGGUCUAUUUUUGUUGUCAACCGUGGCCUUCUUUUUUCAAAGAUACCAUUGCUGAACAGAUGAUUGUGGCGAUCGCUGGUCUGGUCAUGGCCGUCUGAAGAAGGAACAAAAGCACUGCAAAAAAUAUAUAUAUAUUCACAGUGAACAUGAAAAAAAAAAGUUGCUCCUCUUAAAUCACAGUGCCAGUUUAAUGAUAAUAAGCUAUUGUCAAUCCAGCUCUUGUUUUAGCUGCCCUGGAUUCAAGCAUAGAAAUAAAUAUAGUUUUCAUUAAAAAAAAAAGAAAAAAAAAGAAGCUUGGUUGGAGUUUUAACUGAGAAGUACACAGGACUUUAUAUUUGGGUCGUCCACACAAAGACUGCCGCUCUAUAUAGUUUUGUAUAAAGACAGUUCUUGUGUUUGAAUUUGAAUGGGAUCAAAAUGUGCCCUUAGCUGGUAAAGUGAGACCAAAAUAUGACUCCUGUGCUUGGAAUAAACUGUUCAAAAAUAA